AUGAGGAACUCCUGUUGCGAUGAAGCUCGGCCCCCGCAGUUCCUACGGGACAAGGAAGGAAGCCACAACCCCCUGCAGGAAGACCCCAGCAGUGUCCUGCAUUCCCACUCCUUCAACGAGCGCCACCUGGGCACCUACACCUGCACGGCCACCGGUCCCCGGGGCACCGCCGUGGCCACCUACGACCUGCAGAGAGAUGACCUGGUGCGGGUGCAGGUCUUUGUGCUCCCACGAGAGACGGAACCCUCCCACGCGAUGGUGUGGGCACAGCCUGGGCAGCCCCUGCAGAACUUCACCAUCUGCCUUCACUCCUACCCCACCCCCACCCCCCCCAGACUCUUCUCCUACGGCACCGAGGCGCAGGACAAAGAGAUCCUCUUCAAGUCUAAGCCCACCGAGUACAAGCUCUGCGUCGGGGACAAGCCUGCGACCUUUGCCAUCCCUGCCAGCAGCACGGCGCGGAGCGAGCACGUCUGUGCCAGCUGGGAGUCAGCCCCCGGUGGUCGGUUCUGGCUCAGCGGCAAGCCCUGGCCCAGCAAGGGGCUACAGAAAGGCCACAGGGUGGGCACGGAGGCAGCCACGGUGCUGGGGCAGGAGCAGAACUCCCUCGGGGGCAGCUUCGACCCUCAUCAGUCCUUCAUGGGGGAGAUCUCCUCCGUGUACCUGCGCGACUCGGCGCUCCCCGGCCAUGGGAGACCACCCCCGACCGAGUGCCCGUCGGCGGCUGGAGGAGCUUCCCCUGCCGGGCAGAGGGUGAGGUGCACCUGA